AAUUGCUUUGGCUGAGAGUCGCCAUUUCGUACAUUUAGAGCAGAGAGGCUCGGAGAAUGACAUUUGUGCGGCGAUUUCUGAAGACAUUAGCAGUGGGAAAUGUCAGUUUAUCCGGCUAAAUCAAAUCGUUUUUAUAUGACAUGCGUCUGUUUCAGACGUUACAACAGUUGAACUCAUCGAUUACAUCGUCACUGAGAGCGAUUUCGAAUUCCUUUUUUUUAACUUGACGAUUCAGUCCUUCACGUUGUGUAUGAGAUAGAUGCAUUAUGUUUGGGAAGCCGUAGGAAAAACUCCGUUGGUCGAGGACACUGAUUCAAAGACUUCUGAUUAUUCUACUUUUUUGAGAUUCCGUCCCUUUCUCUACAAACUAAUCAUGCUCGCGUGUCUGAAGAGGAUACAUCUUGUUCAAGGAUUCGCAACUUUCGUUCUUGGUGCAGUUUUCAUGUACAGCAUACAGAUCAUCUACAGUUACCCAACACUGGAAAAAUAUUCUAGGUCUACUGUGCGUGCAACUGUUGAUGCUGACAGGAACGACAACCUUGGCUUUGAUGAUGGGAACGUGGACAAGAUCCCACUGAAUCAUGGAUACAAUGCACAAAGUGAAAGGUAUAGCAGGGUCGGACAUACCUCAGACAAUGUGGUGGACCAUGUAAGAGGAAAUGGAGAGCAAAAUAAAUUUGAAUUGAUGAUACAUGAGGCAGAGCGUCUGCUGGCUGAGGAUAUAAAGAAGGAAAGUGGUGAGUUACCAGAGGAUGGGGAGAAGAAAUUUGAGCCUGAACCGAAGCGAAAGGAUACUACCUAUAAUAAAGAUAAGACAAUACCACGACACCAGCGUUAUGUGGAUGAACCCGUUGAUGCUCAUGAGUACGAUUACCUACUUAAGCCACAUGUCUGUUCGAAGGUGGAUGGAAAAAGGUUAAAAGUGUUUCUCAUAUUCAUUGUAAGUACAGCACCCUGGAACUUCGAGAGAAGGAUGUUGAUCCGAAACACGUACGGAAACAAGCGCAAGUGGCCCCUGCUUUCUUUCGGAACUUUCCGGACAGUCUUUCUUCUCGGUGCAGUUGGUAACCAGACGCUCCAGAACAGGAUCCGGAGCGAAUAUGAAACGUACAGGGAUAUCGUCCAGGAGGAUUUCCUAGACAGCUACGGUAACCUGACGUUGAAGACGGUCAUGGGACUGAAGUGGGUGACCAAUCACUGCAGACAUGCCAGAUACACCAUGAAGAUAGACGACGAUACCAUGAUCCAUCAAGAGAAACUGCUUCAGCUUCUGAAGUAUGCACCGGCUGUAAACUUCACAGCGGCAGGAACACUGAUCAAGACCCCGGUGAUACGAGACAGACGAAACAAGCACUACAUCUCAGAGACCUAUUAUCCCUCGCCUACCUACCCCCCUUAUCUCAACGGACCAGGGUACCUGCUAUCGACUGACCUAGCAGAAGGAUUAUACAAGGUGGCCAUCAGAACUCCCUUGUUUCCAUGGGAAGAUGUAUUCUUGGGGAUUUGCCUGAAGCAGCUUGGGAUAACGCCAAGAGUAUAUCGCAACUUUAUAUUCAUUCAAGCCAGGGAGUUUCAUAACAAGGCCAAAUUAGUGGACACGUUUCUAAAACACCGCACCGUGGUCUCGAACCUAGGACCCGAGGAUAUGAUGCUAAUGUGGACCAUAGGCUCAAUUGAAUAAUCAAUAUGACUUGAUUCGUCCUACAAAGAUUGGAAUAUAUAUAUCAAUUGGUUUUAUAUAGCUUGUAGCUACUGCUACAAUUGCGGGUUGUAAUCAUGAUAAUGCAGUACUACAAUAAAGGCGACUUCCUAUAUUAUCUUCUUUUUUACUGGUCCAUUUUCCACAUCGCAUAAAUUCUUCAAUUCAUACAACACUAUUUGUUUAGACAAAUGAUUUAACUCCGAACUAGUAUCUGAUUUUUGUCACACUCAAACUUGGUUCAUAUAUCUCGCGAUUUCCUUUGAUUUUCGUUUGAGGUAGUGGAUAUACGUCUCUUUGAGCUGAAUAUAGAAAUUAAAACUUGUGUCCUACGACAUUUUUAAAAGAACCUGUGUAUCUAUUGCAUUUAUUGAGAACUUUAUUAAAACGAAGAACAUGAAGAUGAAAAUGUAUUUCAUGUAAGCACCACAACCCGAUUUGUUUAACGGAACGUGGGUGAGAAUUAUUUCACAUUUUGUUUCGUUUAAAACUGUUCCUUCAGAAAAUUCAGUGGAAAAGAAAAUAUUCAUAUCAUUGUUUAUGUGUAAUCCGCCUGAACUUUCGAAGAAAUAGUUUAGGAACGACUCACUUUAUCCCAUGCAAACGGUAAACUUUCAUAUCUCAUAUCAAAAUAGAAGAGAGACGUGUAGGCCCAUACCCACCGAGCAGAGAUUAAACAGGUGAAAUUGAUGACUUGCAGAAGCAAAAUUACUUGCGCAUUUGACACUAAAUGUUCGGUAAUGGACCGAUGAAUUUCACUAUGAAGAAUAUUAUUUCUCUCCAAGUUUUAGUGACCCCAUAGCAAAAGCUUGCACGGAUUUCGCAAUAUUUUUAUCUAUUGCCAUUAGGGCUGUAUUAUUGGAUAUGUUUUUACACAAUAUUUAACAACAAGAAGAAAAGCGUUUUUGUCUUGUAAGUUAACGAGUGAAGCAGCAACAUAUUUUUUAAAGAGAAAAUUCUGAUCUCCGUGUAUAAAGAUCUAGAAAGAUUCUUACAAUCGAAUCUUGAAAGGAAAUAGUUGUUGCAGUGCCCCAUAUUAAACAUGACUAUAUGAUAUAAUACAAUCCACCUCUUAAAACACAUAAUCUUUGGAUCUCCAUUGGUGAAGAGGGCGCAGAUCCCUAAACUAUAACGACUUACCUUGUAUGCAGAAAUUUGAUAUUUGUUUAAAUGUUUAUAUAAUGUAAAUGUUAGUAAUGGAAAUGAACGGAAGGAAAUACAUGCUUUAGUUGACAUGUGAAUGGUACGACGAACGUCAGAUGAAAGGCAUAAUUGAUGACGUCAAAAAAGUCAAAUUGAAAAGAAUAUUGUAUGACGCUAUGAAAAAAAAUGAUAUGACAUCGACAUGACAUAUCUUGUUGGUAGAAAAGCGAUCGAUUGUUGUUGUUACUAUUCUAUCAUAUCAAAACAUGUUUUUUAUCUUAUCAUUUUCAGUAGAUAAUGCCUAAAAUCUUAUGAUCUGAGAGUUAUAAGGCCAUAAGGCCAGUGGUAAAGCGUCUGCGUCUUGAACGGGAGGUCGUGGGUUCGAUCCCCGG